AUGACCACCGCUCCGGCCAAGCUGUACGGCAAGAACCUGAGCGAUUACGACGAGCUCGACGUCGACCAACUUCUCUCUCAAUUGUCACCCGAAGAAAUCAGCAUUUUGGCCAAAGAAGUCGAUCCAGAUGACAACUUAUUACCACCAUCAGAGCGUUGUAGUUAUGAAUGUAACAAAGAAGCCACAGGACCAUUAAACAGAAAAAAACUGAUUGAACAUAUUAACAAACAGGCUCUAGAAACGCCUGAUCUACCAGAAAUUAAACCAUAUGUUGCUGGAACUGUACGAGGGAAAAAGUGGGUGGCACCUGAAACCAAUGGUAACACUGAACAUGAAGAUAAAAUUGCCAUUGAUAUUGAUGAUGAAUAUGGUGAUGCAUUAAAUACCGCAUCACAAGAAGAAAUCAUAGAUUUGGCUGCUAUACUGGGAUUUCAUUCAAUGAUGAACCAAGAUCAAUACCAUGCUUCACUAUUAAAUAAAGGUCAGCCAAUUGGCCUAGGAUGGGACGGUGUUACCAAGGCAACACAGCCUAAGGUUUAUCCCCCAGAGCCACCCAAUCAAACAGAUCCAGAAGACAGUAUUAAACGGGUACGUGAUGAUGAUUCUAAGCUACUUGAUCUCAAUUGGAACAACAUUAAAAAUAUUUCUGAUGAAAAGUUUGAGAAUCUAUUCAAUGCUCUAGUGGAAAAUACUCAUUUAGAAACAUUAAGUUUGGUGAAUGUUGGACUUACUGAUCGGUUAGCAGACAAGCUUGCUGAAGCAUUAGAAAAAAAUUGCACAUUACGCGUUUGCAAUGUGGAAACAAAUUUCAUUAGCCCUAUAGGAAUAAUUCAUUUAGUCAAGUCCUUAUUAAAACAGAGAUCUUUAGAAGAAUUCCGUGCCACCAACCAGAGAUCCCAAGUAUUGGGAAAUAAGAUAGAAAUGGAACUUACCAAGUUGAUUGAACAAAAUCCAACCAUUCUUAGACUCGGUUUGCAUUUGGAGUACAAUGAUGCUCGUCAUCGCAUUGCAUCACAUUUACAACGCAAUAUUGACAGGAUAAGAAAAGACACGCCGUUGAAAAUGAAAUUUAGGUUCUUUAGAAAAACACCCCAGAAGCACCGCAAGAACUUGAUCAAAUAA